AUGCGUGUUUGGGCGGAAACAGGCACACCAGUGGAUAUACAUCAAGAAAACAAAGCACUAUUUAUGGAUCUUACGAGCGCAUACUUGUUCGGUCUCAAAAACAGCUCGAGCUUUAUGGAUGGUCCUGACAAGAAAUUGGUUCUACGGAAUUUUGAGCUAAGUCUUGGUGGGCUAUUCUGGAGACUCGAUGUUCCUAAUCUUACGAAGUGGAUGGGUUGUUUUGGCAUGAGUCCGUUGGAUGAAGGAAUAGCUUCUGCUUCCCAAGUGAUGGAAGACUUCGUUCUCUCAAUGGCCAACCGAGCACGAGACACUCUUCAAUCUGAAGACGCUAACGAGAUAGACUCGUAUCCAACUGUCUAUGGACAACUACGCCAAAAGCUUGAGACUUCGGAAACAGUUUCUGCAGAGCAAAUAUACACAGUGGUUGCUGCAGAAAUGCUAGAUCAUAUCGCAGCUUCAUAUGAAGGAUUAUCGAUCACGGUAAGCUAUUUGAUGACCGAGCUCGCUCGUCAUACAUCUUUCAUCUCGCGUCUCCAGAAGGAACUACUUUCUGUAAAUCUGGACACGACGCCUUCGCAACAAAUCGAUUCUUUACCAUUACUAAAUACUAUACUUAUGAAGACACUAAGACUCUAUCCUGCUGGUCUAGGAGCAUUUACUCGUCAAGUUCCGGAAAAGGGCGCUAUGAUUGGAAAAUACUCUAUACCGGGCAGUGUUACUGUCAGUGUAUCUGCAUAUACUUUACACAGAAACUCGGACGAAUUCCCCGAUCCUCUGAAGUGGAAUCCAGAUAGGUGGUUGGAUGCGUCUCCAGAGGCAAAAAAAACAAAUGCUACGAUGGCACUGGGCUUUUGUGAUGAAAGCGGUCAUCGUAGCAGUUUUCAAAGAAUUCAGAGUGUAGUAGUGCCGGAGACGAAGAUAGAGCAAGUGGAAGAUUUUACAGGACAUCCCGCAGACUAUAGUCUUAUGCUAGCAUUCAAGAAAGCAGGUACAGGCAGAUCUUGA